AUGAAAGCGGCGAGUCCGUUCGUAGCGAACAAAAUGGAAACCCGAUACGUCGACAACGACGAAGACAACUACUCGGAUGCCAGCUCGUCGCUGGCUCCCAACGGCUCCGUAGUGUCGACGGUGCCCGACAGACACGGCUUCCUAGGCGGUACCCAGUACCUGAACGAAUCGAAACACAUGAUAUCGGCUAACAAAACCAUAGAACGUGAACGAAAAUGGCUUAAUAUGACUGCCAAUUGGGAUAAACAAAUGAGUAGGAGUUUUAAAAAAGUACAAAACCGAUGUAGAAAAGGAAUUCCACAAUCGAUCAGACCUAGAGCUUGGUUGUACUUGACUAAAGCAAAUAAACUGUUGGACCAAAAGAAAAAUCUCUAUUUCAAGCUGUGUGACCAGCCAGGAGAUCGUAAAUGGAUCGAAGACAUAAGAAAAGAUCUGCAUCGACAGUUCCCGUACCACGAGAUGUUUGUCGACCAAGAUGGAACAGGCCAAAAAGAGUUAUUCAAUGUUCUCAAAGCGUAUACAAUAUUAAAUCCUGUGAUUGGAUAUUGUCAAGCACAAGCUCCAAUUGCUGCAUUUCUUCUCAUGCACAUGCCAGCCGAGCAAGCGUUUUGGUGUUUUGUAGCAAUUUGUGAUGAUUACCUUAGUGAUUACUACAGUCCAGGAAUGGAAACAUUGAUUAGAGAUGGUAACAUACUUUUUGCAUUAUUAAAAGAACGGGAGCCAAAAAUUUAUAAACUUUUGAAAAAACAAAGUAUUGAUCCAAUUAUGUAUAUGACUGAAUGGUUUUUAUGUGCUUUCACAAGAACAUUGCCAUGGCCCACCUUGUUGAGGUUUUGGGAUAUAUUUUUAUUUGAUGGUGUUAAAACAUUUUUCAAAAUGGGUUUAAUUAUGAUCAAAAUAUCGUUGCCAGAAAAAUCAUAUUCUGAUCUCAAAAAACGUUUUCCUACCAUGUGUGAAACCUUAGAAGCUCUGCGAAAUCCACCAUUGCAUAUGCUCGAGGAAGAGAGAAUUAUCAAGAAGCUCAUACUGUUAGAAAUACCCGAAGACACGUUCAAAUAUUACCACAUGCAACAAACCUCGUUGAGACGAAAAACUAAAGAAACAAAAAAAAUUCGAGAAACUGAUGUGUUUUGA